AUGUUAAUGGUGUUGAUUCUGUCGAUACCCAUCACAGAUAUUACUCAGCUUUUUUCGUUUAACCUAUCCCUGGGCGCAGUGCACCCCGCACGUCGACCUUUUAACCCAAGACAAUCCCUAAUUCAAGCACGCGAAACCAGCACUUGCGAAGGACGCCAAUCGCCAGGACCCAUAUGUGAAUCGUGUGAUCUUCUGGCCACCUGCGUUAAACAUUCCACCGGCUGGGUCAACAUACCCGUUGAGACAUGUGAUACCCAGAAUGGUUUCUAUUGUAAUUCCGUGCUGGGUAAGUGUAGCAAUGAAACCGGACCCUGUCACCCAAUUAGUGCCGAAGGUAAUUUCCCCUGUACAUCGCAUGGCGUAUUUCCCGAUCCGUACGAUUGUCAGAAAUAUCAUAUGUGCUAUUUUGUUGGACCCACUUUGGUAUCGGCCAGUGUUAAUUGUGGCGGUUAUAAGGCCUUCAAUCCAGCCACGGGCCAAUGUUCGCUGACACUGCAACAUUCGGUUUGUCAACAACAACAAUUUGUUUGUGAUAAUGCUGGCGAUGCUCACGCCUGGCCCAUGAGCCCCAAUAUUUUCUAUAUUUGUAAAGCCAGUACCAAUCAGGAUGAGCGUAUCCUCUAUCCAUCGUUGUAUCGCUGUGAUGAUGGUGAAGUAUUUGAUGGGUAUAAUUGUCGUUCCGUUGCACCAGGCGAACAGAUGCCACCAUCCUUGGAAAUAGUUAAUAAACCUGUUGACCCGGCAUUAACCCCAGCACCAUCUAACCCCGGACAAGAUGUAAUAAAACCUAAAGUAUGUUCGGAAAUUGGUUUAUUUGCCGAUACUGAGGAUUGUCGCAGAUAUUAUUAUUGUUCGGCUAUCAGUGGAAGUUUGAGACAAAUGGAAUGUCCCGCCGGAACUGUAUUCAAUGAGGCGCUAUCCUCCUGCACUUUGGGCGAAUGUUAA